GCGCCCGGAGAGUUCCAUCAGCAAGUGUCCAAUCUCAAGGCCGUCCCUACCGGGGACCUGGCCACCCAGUUGAGGGAGGCGAUGCCUUAGGAGCUCCAGGUCCAGCAGCCCGGUGUGGACGGCUUCCAGACGUCGCGGCAGAGGGCACUGGCCCGCUCGGAAAGCGCCGCAGAGACACUGAGCGAAGAGGUCCGGGCCUCAGGACCGCCGGGACCGGGGUCGCCCGGGCCACCACUCCCGGACCGCUCUGUGCCCUCUGGAGUCGUGCCGCCCGCGCCCAGGGUGGUGCCAUGUGGGGCGGACGGCGCUCGUCCGCUGCUUCCUCUCGGAACGCCGCUUCGCUCUUGCAGCUGCUGUUGGCCUCGCUGCUGGCGGCGGGGGCGCGAGCCAGCGGCGAGUACUGCCACGGCUGGCUGGACGCGCAGGGCGUCUGGCGCAUCGGCUUCCAGUGCCCCGAGCGCUUCGACGGCGGGGACGCCACCAUCUGCUGCGGCAGCUGUGCGUUGCGCUACUGCUGCUCCAGCGCCGAGGCGCGCUUGGACCAGGGCGGCUGCGACAACGACCGCCAGCAGGGCGCCGGCGAACCUGGCCGCGCGGACAAAGACGGCCCAGACGGCUCCGCAGUCCCCAUCUAUGUGCCAUUCCUCAUCGUUGGGUCCGUGUUUGUCGCCUUCAUCAUCUUGGGGUCACUUGUGGCAGCAUGUUGCUGUAGAUGUCUCCGACCUAAGCAGGAGCCCCAGCAGAGCCGGGCCCCAGGAGGAAACCGCUUGAUGGAGACCAUCCCCAUGAUCCCCAGCGCCAGCACUUCACGAGGGUCAUCUUCCCGCCAGUCCAGCACAGCCGCCAGCUCCAGCUCCAGUGCCAACUCAGGGGCCCGGGCACCCCCAACAAGGUCACAGACCAACUGCUGUUUGCCCGAGGGGACCAUGAACAAUGUAUAUGUCAACAUGCCCACAAAUUUCUCUGUGCUGAACUGUCAGCAGGCCACUCAAAUUGUGCCCCAUCAAGGACAAUACCUGCAUCCUCCAUAUGUGGGGUACACGGUGCAGCAUGACUCGGUGCCCAUGACUCCUGUGCCCCCGUUCAUGGACAGCCUGCAAACGGGCUACAGGCAGAUCCAGGCUCCCUUCCCUCACACUAACAGUGAACAGAAGAUGUACCCAGCUGUGACCGUGUAACAUAAGGUGCUUUGGGGAGUGGGGGAUCCUAUAGAGGACACAAGGAAAGAGGGAAGCUGUGGACUUGGGAAGGACACUCCAAGUGCAAGUGUGAGCAUGUUGAUGGUGUUUACAGCACGAUUCUUUUGGAUGACUUCAUUUUCCCCCAAACUGUAUGAAAUGUCUCUCCAAAUUAGCAUUUCUGGAUCUGUUUCAUCCUAGUGCAUGACUGAUGAUGGGAAAAGAGCAUCACUUGUAUUGCUGAUGGUUGUGUGGCAAAUGCUUGAGCCCUUAAGUGCCCUUGAGGUAUGACUGUCAAAGGAAUUUUGUAAACUGAUAGAUUAAGGAUUUUUAUUGUUAUUAUUUCUUUUUGUUUUUUUACUGUACAAGAUCAGAAUUCCUGUUCCCUCUCUUUACCUGGGACAGUUGUUUUUGUUUUUGUUUUUUAAAUAAGCAUCCAAAGUUUAGGGAAAAACAAAAGGAACACAGUUAUUAUAAAUGGAAAUCUGAUUUUAACUCUGAGAUUAAUCAUUGAUCUCAAUAUUUCACAGGCACAUCUUAAUUUCAUUGUAAAAAGAUAUAUAUUUUUUGUCUAUUUUUGUGUGGUUUUUUUUGGUCUAUUUUGUGCUUUUUUACUCUGUGUAGAGAUCUUAUUACAAAGUGAUUUUCUACAUUAAAAAGAAACAGAUUGUAUCACUAACUAGUGACAUUUCAGAACUCUGGGAUUAUUUUAAUCUUGAAGUAGUGGGUGGUGUAGUAAUAAAACCAUUCAUCUCUUUUACUAUGGCUUCUAAUUUUCUGACUUUUCAUUGACAUCUGAGAAGUAAUUCAGUGUUUUUUAUGCUGAAAUCAUAAACUCUCACCUGCUUUUUCUCCAAAUUACUUUUAAUUUACCAUGUGGUAUGACUUGGUAUUUUGUUCUGUCUGGUUUUCUACCCCCAUAUCUAUAUAAUACUAAGUGCAAGUAAUUAUUAUUAUAAUGAAGAUCAGCAUUUCUGUCUAGAUGUGACAAAACUUCUUCUUGUUUUACCUAUAAAAAUUCAAAGAAAUGAUUUAUAAUGAGACUUAGUAUAGCUCUUCAGCCAUAAUCUGAGACUGGAGAUGAAAUUUAAGCCACUAAUAUGGUUUACGUUGCAAAACACCAGGCUUUUUAUAAUCUCAUUAUCAAAAAGGCUCAUUUUUUAGACUUUAUGAAUUAUUAAGUCAAAAGAUAAGCUUUUCAGAGAGAUAAUUACCUUUCCUCCCCCAAUAAGUUAGUUUCCUUUUCUUGGAAUCCUAAACAAGCACUGCAUUCAUCACAAUGUUCUGAAUUAUGAUAUUCAAAUGAAUUUAUUUGUGUACUGUUAUAAGAAAUAAUUUAAGAAUGUGCAAGUAAAUUUCCACCUACUAACAAACCAAGAUUUGUAAUUAAACAAACUAUUGUAAAGUAUUCAUCUUUUACACACACAUAUACACACAGUUCUCCUCUCUAUCAGUCAUCUCUACUAUCUAUCUGUCUAUCAUCUUUAUAUCUAGCUUUUGGCUGAAUAAUGUAAAACCAUUGUUGGUAAUUGGUAUCAGAAAAGAUACUCAAUUUUCUUAAAUAACCAAAGGCAGGGAAAAAAUCAUUUUACUUAUUAAUAAAUAUUUUAUGGUAUGAAUUCCUAGGAGAGUUGGGUUUUUUUCAUUUGCAUUCUAUUUGGUAAUUUUUCAGGUGGU